AUUCUGGUGUUGUCAUUAGCAUCACCACAAUAGCAGCAUUCUUAUGAUUAAAUAAACACACUGCAAAGACUCAGCAUGGUCAACCCGGCUAUUGCUGUUCCCGCGGUCAGCGCCUUGGUAUACCGGGCAUGGUCCCGCAAGACACUGACUCCCGCGGGCAUUCUGGCCGCUUCUCUCACAGCUGUUGUCCACGUCCUCCAUCCAUGGAUAGCUCCGUUUCUCCUUUUAGCAGUUUUCUAUCUCGCUGGUAGUCGAGCUACAAAGGUUAAACAUGACAUUAAAGCGCAGCUGACGUUAUCAGCCUCUGGUGCCGCUGGUGGUGAAGGUGCCCGAACACAUAUACAAGUAUUCGCCAAUUCGAUCGUGGCCACGGUCCUCAUUGCACUACAUACCUACUUGAUCUGGAACCAGGGACGAUACUCGACAACCUGUUUUGCGAAAGGUGGAGAUAUUGGUGAUGUUUUGAUGGUGGGAGUUAUUGCAAACUAUGCAGCCGUCGCAGCAGAUACAUUAUCAUCCGAACUCGGCAUUCUAUCCAAAUCAUCACCUCGUCUAAUCACAUCUCCAACCCUACGAGUCGUGCCACCCGGUACAAACGGUGGUGUUACAUUAACCGGUCUUCUAGCAGGCUCCUUUGGCGCCUUCCUGAUUGCCCUGACUUCAGUUCUAUUCGUCCCUUUCUGUGCCGAAUCAUGGUCACUACUCGAUAGAGCCCAAUUUGUCGUCGCGGUUACGGUAUGCGGUACACUCGGCAGUCUUCUUGAUAGUCUCCUCGGCGGUUUGCUUCAAGCUAGCGUUGUGGAUAAGAGGAGCGGGAAAAUUGUGGAGGGUACCGGUGGGCGUAAGGUUUUGAUUCAUCCUGGAUCAACGAAAUCUUCCGUGGCAACGACUGGCAGUGACGCUAGGAAAUAUAAUAGUGAUAUUCAUGCAACCGAAUCCGUUGUCAAUGCGGUUAGUGCCAGGGCAACACGGACGGACAAUCUGCCUGCCAAAGUUGCAAGUGCCGAAGAAGGUAGUCGAAAGGUUGAGAGCGGAUUCGACAUUCUCGACAAUAAUGCUGUAAACCUUCUUAUGGCCGCUAUAAUGAGUCUGGGCGCAAUGGUGUUUGCCAGUUACUACUGGGGCGUACCAUUGAAUGUUGCCGAGGGUUUUGUGUGAUUCUGUUUGGAUAUGCGGCUUUGAACACAUAAACAAACAACUGGACUAGGCAAUCAUUUUUAUGAACAUAUUGCAAUCACCUCCGUUGCUCUCACCAGGAAACAUCAUGUUGAAUAAAUGCUCGAGUUAUACAAGGCACCAAUGAGUUACUCAAGAUUGAUAUCGUACAAGUGACACAAACCAGUCGAAUAUCUAGCUACAUAUCACCAACCGAACGCCCUAAUUUCCGACGGUCCCAGUUUAGUUGACGACUUUUCGUUGCA